AAUUUCUCAAACUGAACCAGGCCUCAGUCCAUCUCCCUCCGUCCUCCGAUGCGCAUCACUGUGACGUCCAUGCUGCCUCCCCGCAUCCUGAGUCCAUGACCGCCGCCGCCGCCGCCGCCGCCUCCUCCACGCACACGCUCCGACACCCCUUCCUACGCAUUCCCCGAUGUUCCUCCGCCACGAUACUCUCCUCCUCCUCCGCCUCCGCCUACCUCCUCACCACCCCCUACUCCGCCUCCUCCACUACGCCAUCAGCCCCGAGCCCCACCCGCCGCCACAACACCCGGCCCCGGCAGCGCCGCACGCCGCCGAGCUCUGGAUCGCCAAGGCGCUCGCGUCAGCGGCCCUCCUUCGUCCGCACUGCCUCCCGGCCUUCCACGGCCUCGCUCCCUCCCCGCUUGCUGCCGCGGCCGCAGUCCGUCUCGCGCCGUGCGCCGGGUCUGCCCUCCGCAUAUUCUCCGCCCUGCACUCCCCGCCGCUCUCUGUACCCCCUUCUGAGCAGUCCUACAGCCACGUUAUCACGUUGCUUUGCCGGUCCGGUCGCCACAGGGACGCACUCAAGCUGUUCGACCAAAUGACGGAUCAGUCGGGGUACUUACCCGAUGCAGUGUUCUUCUCGUUUGUGGCCGGCUCCUGCACCAAUGCUGGCCUUCUUGAUGCUGCGGUGACUUUGCUCACAAAGGCCUCCCAGUUUGGUCGCCGCAUUGAGCCGUAUGCAUAUAACAACCUCUUGAACUUGUUAAUUGCCCGUGGCCGUGCACAGGAUGCUGUUGCUUUGUUUGAGAGCUGGAUUCAGGAUGGGCUGUAUUCUCCCGAUGGCUGGAGUUUUAAUGUUGUCAUUAAGGGGGUGUGUCGGGUGGGGAAUUUCCAGAAGGCACUUGAGUUAGUUGAAAGGAUGACUGAGUUUGGGUGUUCUCCUGAUACCAUCACACACAAUAUUCUUGUUGAUGGGCUAUGUAGGGCGAAGCAGGUGAACAGGGGCCAUGAUUUAUUGAGGAGGCUCCAGAGGGAUGGUGUUUGCAUGCCCAAUGUUGUGACAUACACCUCAGUAAUAUCAGGUUAUUGUAAGGCUGGCAGGAUGGAGGAUGCGUUGUCAGUAUAUAAUGACAUGCUUGAAUCUGGAACAAGACCCAACACGGUCACAUACAAUGUGCUUAUUAAUGGAUAUGGAAAGGCUUUGGACAUGGAAUCUGCAGUGAGAAUGUAUCGGCAGCUGAUUCUCCGUCGCUGCCCUCCCGAUGUUGUGACAUUUAGUUCUUUGAUUGAUGGAUAUUGUCGGUGUGGACAGCUUGAUGAUGCCAUGAGGAUUUGGAAGGAGAUGGGUCAGCAUCAUAUUCAACCAAAUGUAUACACUUUCUCCAUCAUAAUACACUCACUUUGUAAGCAGAACAGAUCAGCAGAAGCUCUUGGUUUUCUAAGGGAAUUGAAUAUGCGAGCAGACAUUGCUCCACAGACAUUUAUAUAUAACCCGGUCAUUGAUAUACUGUGCAAGGGAGGACAGGUGGAAGAAGCAAACUUGAUUGUAACAGACAUGGAAGAGAAAGGGUGUCAUCCUGACAAGUAUACAUAUACUAUUCUAAUAAUUGGGCACUGUAUGAAGGGUAGGAUACCAGAGGCAAUCACCCUUUUCCACAAAAUGGUGGAAACUGGGUGUCGCCCUGACAAGAUUACAGUUAAUUCUUUUAUUAGUUGUGUUUUGAAGGCUGGGAUGCCUAAUGAGGUAGAUCAAAUAAUGCUUAUUGCUUCAGGGCAUGCUUCAGCUAGUCAGAAAGUUCCUUCUCACCCGAGCCAAAGACUAGAUAUUUCAGUUGCUGUAUAGUUGAAUUGUGCUAAAAUAAAGAAUGUAGGGAAGAGCACCUGAGCUGUCUCAGAUGCUUAUUGCAGCAUAGAACUGGGACUUCUCUAGAUGAGAACAACAAAGCAUGGACAUUCAUCUAAAGAAACUCAGGUGUGAAUAUUGAGAUAUUGGUUGCACCAAGGCUACCUAACUAUCAAAAAGUAGUCAAACCAAGUUUAUGCCGUGUAAGAAUGACAAAGGUAAUCUAUUUGGUGCACUGCACAUCCAGUGAAGUGAUUUGCUGAGUCCCAUGAAGAAUCAAACAAGUGUCCAUAGUGCUUUGCUGUGGUGGUGCUACAAAACUUGCACACAUGAAUGUUGGACACGCUCCUGUAAACAUUAUAUCCAAGCAUAUGGUCUGUCAGUCGCUUUGGCCUUUUGCCAAGAUUCAAGAGCAGCUACAUUUGGGAGAUUGUUAACUGGAUAAGAUUAAAUUAGCAGACGAGAACUAAUUGUUUGAAGAAUUGAAUGGAAGUAAAUUUACUCUCUAGCAGUGGUACUUCAGUUGUAUUCUUUCUUUAGAAGCCUCGAUGCUUGAAGAAUUGGAUAGAAGUAGUUUACUCUCUAGCAGAGCAAAUUCUGUGGCCAGCGGCGAGUACUUAUAUUGGAGCAAUGGAUGAUUGUUUCAAACAAGACAGUCUCCCAAGCUAAGAAGCAACAAGGAGAGUUCAGUAGGUUGGUGUGGUUCAAGAGUCUACAAUGGAAAGUCACUGCAAGAACCUUUUCUUGCAAGUUGGACAAAAGCCCUGCAUAAAGUAACUGCAGAAAAACUGUUCUGGUCUAAUAAUGUUGUCUAACUUUCAUAAAGCAUUAUCUGUCUGGUGGCCUUGCUCAGAAGUUUCUCCUUGCUCAUUUGGAUCUAUCUCUUCUGUGAGUGCUUCUUAUGCACAUUCUAACUGAUUUCGUUUGAGGUUGCAACCAUUUUUUAUUCUUUUCAUCUCAAGCUGCUUGUAACAUCUAGAUAUGGAGCACAUGGCAUUUUUAAAUGAUAAUAAUUUUAGCAGAACAAUGAGCAUUUGUCACUGGCACUGUUUCUUAUAUUACAUAUACUUUUGUCUUAAUGAAGUUAGCCUUGUGUAAUCCAUGCGCAUGGAAAGGUACCUACAGUGUCUUGGCUCUGGACACACUCUCUACAUGCUAUGAUCAAUAACUUCUUUUUUUCUGUUUAACUAAUAAGCUUUCAUAUUGCGCAUGAAUCCAUAAAAAUGUUCUGUUCAGCAAUUGAACAUAUGUCAUCAUAAUUGGCAAUAUAAAGCAUUACAUAUGCAGCAAACAUGUGGAUUAGCAUGGAAGCAGUUAUAUAUUGUGUGGUGAGCUGAAAGAAAAGACGACAUUGGAGGAAAGGAAAAAUACCGAGGUGCCACAUGAAACAGGUGAAGAAUAGCUUUACCAACAACUAAAUGGAGGCUUGGCAUAUUGUUAGCAUGUCAUAUGGGAAAGUCGAACGGUAGCAUUGUGGGACAUCGUCAAAUAUUUCUGGCAAGCAGAGUCUUGGGCAGUUAACAAGGGUGUGUUGACAUGUUCAGCGAUCGCAAAGAGGAAUUGCCGGUGAGCUCUUCCCAUCCCACUGAACCUUUGGGACUAGGCAAUCACCUGCUAAAGGAAACUUGAAUCCAUCAUCAUGUCUCUCUGCGGAAUGCAGUUUUAUGUAGCUGGGAGCCGUGAGGCCGUGAGCAUAACUUUUGUUCUUUCUUGACUUGUGAACUGUGGUAGAUGGAACUACUAUUCGUUGCAGCGAAAAUGCUGGUCGCAGAUGCAAAGUGGUCGGAAGAUUCACAAAAGUUGAAGACUGGUGAUAACAACUUCUAGCUUUUUAUUGUAGCCUCGAGACCUUUUGAUUACAUAACGAUGUAUGAUGAUUGAUGCUCGGAGAAAUGGGUGGUUGGGCGCGUGAGUUGCAAUAGUUUUGUUGGGCGAGGUUGUAUCCUCAAACUAUAUAGAAUUGACUACUUCAUCUUCAAACUAUAAAA